AUGGUAAUUGAAACCUUAUGCUCACUGACAUUCUGGGAUAUAGCUGAGAAUACAGAGAGUCAGAAGGGGCUGGCGUUCUGUACUGUGUCUGAGAUGGCUCAGGCAUCUGAUGUAGUCCGGUGCUUGGCUCUAGCAUCCACACACACUGCGUGGAUAAAGUCAGUGACAUACGUGGAAAAGGAGUUUAAGCAGGAAGACGUCAAGCGUGAACGGUUGCAGGCAGAGAUUGCGGAAUUACAGGUGGUUCUGCAAUAUGAGAGUCAAGGUAAUUGUGUAUGA